UGAUAAGAACGAAUCCUAUGGGACUAUAUAAGACGUGGAAGCUCUGAAGUAGAGAAGCAAUAUUUUUAGACAAACUUCUUGGGAAAGAAGGGAGGAUUUGCAACAACCUCGAAGCUAGUUCAAACUAGUGGGAGGUUGUCUGCACGAAAGCAAAAGCCUAGCUACUAGCUUCAUAAUCUUUAGUUGGAAUAGCUUACCAAUGGCUCGAGGAAAGGUUCAGAUGAAACGCAUAGAGAAUCCAGUUCAUAGGCAGGUUACCUUCUGCAAACGCCGAUCUGGGCUCCUUAAGAAAGCUAAGGAGCUCUCUGUUCUGUGUGAUGCUGAAAUUGGAGUUUUCAUUUUCUCCCCCCACGGAAAGUUCUAUGAACUGGCCACUAAUGGCAUGCAAGAGCUUGUUGAGAGGUACAUGAAGGUGAGCGGAGGAAAUAUGCAGCCAGAUGAACAAGCCAAAGAGACACAGUCUUUAGAUGCGAAGGAGGAGAUCAACAUGUUGAAGAAAGAAAUUGAGAUUCUCCAAAAAGGACUCAGGUACUUGGUUGGAGGGGGAGCUGAGCAUUCGCAAAUGACAAUGGAUGAAUUACUCAUGUUAGAAAAAAAUCUUGAAAUUUGGAUUUGCCACAUUCGCUCAAAAAAGAUGGAGAUAAUGUCCAAAGAGAUCCAGCUGUUGAAAAAUAAGGAAGGAAUAAUGAAAGCUGCAAAUCAAUAUCUCCAAGAUAAGAUAGAGGAGAGUGUUGAUUUUAGUAACUUUGCAUCAAUGAGUCCAUAUCCACUAACUAUACAAAAUGAAAUAUUUGAGUUUUAGGAAUAGAGUGUGAGAUGUUUUGGUUAAGCAUUUGAGCUUCUUGGAUUGUUGUAAUACCAAAUUACAUAUGAAGAAUCUAUAGGUUUGGUUGUAAGCUGGAAAAUUGGUAUUCAAAUAAUUAAGAUACUAUUACUUUGCUUUUUUACUUA